AUGGGUCGUGACCCCUUCCAGGAGGGCCAUCCACACCCCUCUCACCUCAUAACACAUCACAGCCCUCUAGCUCCGGGCACAAGCCUCGCCUCCAGUCCAGCCAUUCAACUGCCUUUCUAUCAAAAAGCUACGGCAUACAACUAUGUGGUUCGUGACGACUACACGGGCGCUCACUUCGGCCACGCCGAAGCUCGCGAUGGCUACCUGGGUCAUGGGGAGUACUUCGUGCACCUGCCGGACGGUCGCGUGCAGACCGUCACCUACCACACCGACGAGACCGGCUACCACCCCAUCGUUACCUACGAGGGAGAGGCCUACCACCCACCGACCUUCACCACCCACCACAAGCUCAGUCCCGACACUGACAAGCUGAGCCACGAUUCUCAGUUAGCAAACAGUGCUUCAUUGCUCGUCUACCAUGCAAAACCCACUUACUCUCGUGCAAACCUAAAGAGUCCCGACUUCAUUUCUAUUCAUAACGCUCUCAAAUCUGAGUAUGGUGAUUUGAAGCUCCCCUCUCAUAAUCCAAAACCCAUUUAUCAUACCUCGAAACCGAUCUACAAUGACCCAAAACCCAGUAGCCAUACGCCAAUUUACAGUCCUAAAACAUUCAACUUUUAUGCUAUGAAACCAACUUUUCUUGCUCCAAAACUUACCAAUCAGGCACGGAAAUCCAUCUAUCCUUCCAUAAAACCUAGCCACCAUACCUUACAACCUACCAUUUAUGCCCCAGAACCCAGUUACCUGGCCUUAAAAGCCACCAUUUAUGCUCCAGAACCCAUCUACAAAGACUCAAGAACUUCCUACCAUACCCCGGAACCUGCGGAACCUAUAGACCAUAUCCCGACACUCGCGUUUGACUUCUCUGAACCAUUAUUUCGCAGUUCAGUGGAAUCCCGAAUGAAAGUGGUCUAG